AUGAAACCCUUUCGACUACUCCAUCUCCCUCACUUACCGUUUAGAAAAAUCGCAUCGGAAAUCAAUUUAUUCUAUGAAAAUCGCGGUGUGCUCACAUUUUUGUGCACAGAUUACUAUAGUGCAGCUGAUCAGAUCGUAGAAUAUUUAAAAAAUACAUUCAAUUGUGAACUGACGAGAUGUAAGGUUUCACCAAGUGGAUAUCCGGAAUAUAGACAACUCAUCACUCAGACGAUUAAUAAUUCAAAGAUUAGAGAACUGGAUUUUGGAGAAUCGGAGCAAGAAGUAGAUGCAGAGGAUAUUGAUUUUGUAUUCAACAAUCUGAAGACUGAUAAAAUGCUGAUUGUUUCUGGUCGACUUGACAAAACUUAUCAACUUCAAAAUCCACUAAACUUCCCAUUUUUCUUUGUUGGUUAUGCUCCGUGGUUUCGGCCUGAGGACCUAUUCAAUGCAAACUGUGAGCAUCUAGCAAUAUUAUUUGCAGACAAAUUGGAACCAGCCAAUAUUAACUUAUAUCUAAAACAAUGGAUCAAUGGAGAACAUUCGAGAAUCCUUUCCCUUCGUAUAGAAUCGAUAUGGUUUUCUUCAAGUCAUCAAAAUGGAAACCAGCAACUUUUCAAUGGAAUUGAAACAAGAUCAUUCGACAUGAAAAGAGAAAUCAGUGAUUACAAAAAAUCUGUUUUCUAUAGUCUGUUUGGAAAUCAAUUCGUCGAUUAUCAGUUCUGGGAUAUUCGUCGUAACGAUGGCACCAUCGGAUCUAUUGCACUUAAAACCAGUUGUUGUUUCUUUCAUGUUUGGUGUAUCAAAUAA